CCCAAGCGAGCUGUAACCCUCCCCCUCUUCCUCCCUCUCUCUCUUUCUCACUCUCUCUGUCUGCAGAAAAGUGUCGGUAACCCUGUUGCCCUCUGCAACUCCAGAUCCCACACGUGUACGGACAGAUCCGGCCAUGCCGACAGAAGUCUUCUCAUAAAAGGAUAUCCAGGCAGAGACAAAGGAUCUGGCUGAAUUGGCAAGACCGGGAGAUUCCCAGCCACUGCAAAUGGGGCCCGGUCAGGACCUGCAGGCCAAGAGUAAGGUGAGAGUUCUCACAGAGAUCACAGAUCCCUUUAUGGAUCGAAUGUUCCUAUGGGAGUAGAGAAGAGGAAGCCCUUAAAGCAUAAGAGGAACUUGGCGGUUCUCAAACUGGACACCUCGGGACUGGGACUGCUCUAGAAAGAAGUUCUUCCAGUUGCCCUUGGAUGCUGAGUGGACUGGGAUCACCUAGGUAGGCACCAGCCUAUUUAAGCAAGGAGGACCAAGAAGCUGAGGACCAAGAAGUUGGGGACUCCCGCCUCCUGAGCAUGAUGUCCUACAUCAAGCAACCACAUUACGCGGUCAACGGGUUGACCUUGGCUGGGCCAGGCAUGGAUUUGCUGCAUUCCGCGGUCGGAUACCCCACCACCCCUCGGAAACAGAGGCGUGAGCGCACCACCUUCACACGGGCCCAGCUGGACAUCUUGGAGGCGCUCUUCGCCAAGACCCGCUACCCGGACAUCUUCAUGCGGGAGGAGGUGGCGCUGAAGAUCAACCUGCCUGAAUCCAGAGUGCAGGUUUGGUUCAAGAACCGCAGAGCCAAAUGCCGCCAGCAGCAGCAGCAGAGCAGUGGCCAGGCCAAGGCACGCCCGGCAAAGAAGAAAACUUCUCCUGCCCGGGAGACCAGCUCGGAGACCAGCACCAAUGGGCAGUACAGCCCUCCACCAACCGGCACUUCGGUGACGCCUAGCUCGAGUGCCAGUGCCACCGUCUCCAUCUGGAGCCCAGCCUCCAUCUCACCCAUCCCAGACCCCCUCUCCUCCUCCACCACACCCUGCAUGCAAAGGUCCACAGCCUACCCCAUGACCUACACCCAGGCCCCUGGCUACACCCAGACCUACGCUGGAUCUACCUCCUAUUUCAGCGGCCUUGACUGCAGCUCCUACCUGUCACCAAUGCACCCGCAGCUGUCUGCACCUGGAGCUGCCCUGAGCCCCAUCGCGACCCCAACCAUGGGCAGUCACCUGAGCCAGUCCCCAGCAUCUCUCUCCAGCCAGGGUUAUGCCACAGCCGGGCUGGGCUUUGGCUCGGUGGAUUGCCUAGACUACAAGGACCAGGCGGCCUCUUGGAAGCUCAACUUCAAUGCGACCGACUGCUUGGAUUACAAAGACCAGAGCUCUUGGAAAUUCCAGGUCUUGUGAAAGGCAACAUAGGCCACGUCCCU